AUGCUCAGAUACAGCAGCCCCAGAGCCCUUUCUGAAGGCAGGUAUGAGACACCCUCCGCCUACGACCUGCAGAGGCUGAUUGGGUACGGAGUGUCCAACAGCAGCCUGGAUGAGGUCAGACCCGGGAUCUACAUCGGAGACAUGUGGGCAGCCAAGGACAAGAGAAAACUCCAGGCUCUCGGUAUCACUCACGUCCUGAACGCCGCGGACGGAAAGUUCAAUGUGUGCACAGGGGCCCAUUUUUACAGGGACACCAGUAUCACUUACCACGGAGUGGAGGCUUUCGACAUGCCCUCCUUUGACCUGAGCCCCUUCUUCUACUCUUCAGCCCAGUUCAUCAGGAACGCCUUGAGUACCCCCGAAGGCAAAGUCUUCGUCCACUGUGCGAUGGGACUCAGCCGCUCGUCCACACUGGUGCUGGCCUACCUGAUGAUCCACGAGAACAUGAACUUGGUGGAGGCCAUCAAGGCUGUCGCGGAGAACAGGAACAUCAGUCCCAACUCUGGCUUCCUGGAGCAACUCCGUGACCUCGACCAGAGGCUCUACUGCCUGGGGAAGUAAUGACCCUCUUUGUACUUACACUUCCCAGGCAUGACUGCUGUCAGUUUUGGCUCCCCGGUGGAAUGACCUUCCCGUGGAGGUCAGAACAGCAGAGACUGUGACCACCUUCAGGCACAGACUGAAGGCUCAUCUCCCUGCAUCUCUGUAAUUUCUAAUUAGUUUAGUCCCAUGUAAAUUGUUCAUCGUAAUUCAACACACAUGUAUACAUCACACAUGUAUACUUGUUUUAUUAUUACUGCAAGCUUUACAUUUGCCAGGACUGUUUUAUUGCUGCUUUUGUUUGUUUUGUUUUUCUCAACAGGUUACUGUACAGGGCCCAAGUUCUUAUCUACACUCACUGAACAAUGUAUUAGGUAGACCUGUACACCAGCUUGUUAAUGCAAAUAUUUCAUCAGCCAAAGAUGUGGAAGCAACUGAAUGCACAGAAGUAUGCAGACAUGGUCAAGAGGUUCAGCUGUUUUUCAGACCAAAUGUCAGAAGAAAUGUGCUCUAAGUGGAAUGAUUGUUGCAAGAUAGGGUGGUUUGAAUAUCUCAGAAACUACUGAUCGCCUCGGAUUUUCUUGCACAACUGUCUCUAGAGUUUGCAUGGUGAGAAAUGAAUAAACACCCACUGAGCAGCAGUCCUGAUGGCAAAAACACCUUCUUAAUGAGAGGUCAAAGGGAAAAGGCCAGAAGGUGACAGGAAGGUGACAGUAAUGCAAAUAACCACACAUUACAACAGUGGUAUGCAGA